AUGUCGACUCGGCCUGGACUCGCUGAAAAGCGACUGUCGGCACAUCGCUUCCAACAGAUCCCUGAUUAUUCUGGUGACGGCAUGGCCAACCCAAACGAUGUCACCAUUGAAAUUCCCUUAAACCCCGUUCCUAGCCGGGGACAAACGGGCGCUCGCAAGACCAGUAUCAACCCAGCGAGCCCAGACCCCAAUCUGUAUGAAUCGCCGGGAGAGGCCGGUGCCGAAGAAAAGGCCGCCCUAGUCACCGGUCCGGGGCGUCGCAAACGAAUUGAUUCGGCGCGGGGGCGGUCGUUGGAUGACCCAGAAGAUGGGACUCUGACGCGCAUGGGGCGCAUCUAUCAAGCAAUCUUCAACUUCUCCAUCAUCACCAGAUACCUCAUCUACGUGACUCCCCUGGCGCUCUUGAUUGCAAUUCCCAUCAUUGUCGGUGCCACGGUCCGCCAAGAGACGAGGAUUGGCGGCGUGCCCUUGCAUUGGUUUUUUACCUGGAUUGAAGUCGUCUGGCUCAGUUUGUGGGUGUGCAAACUCUUCGCCCACUUCCUCCCCUAUGUUUUCCAGUUCCUGGUCGGUAUCGUCAGCUCCGGCACCCGCAAGUAUGCCUUGAUUCUACGGAGCCUGAAAUUUCCCAUCGCCACCGUCCUCUGGGCGGUGGUCUCCCUGGUCACCUUCCUACCGAUCAUGACGUUGAACCCCGUCAAGAAGGCGGAGAACGACACGGGAGCCAAGUCGUGGGAGAAAACCAUCAAGAACAUUCUGUUUGCCUUAUUCGUCUGCAGUCUGAUUUUUCUCGCCGAGAAAGCUAUCGUUCAGCUGAUCUCGAUCAGUUAUCACCGGAAGCAAUUCGAUAAGAAGAUCAAAGAAUCCAAGCGCAACGUCACCCUCCUGGGGGAACUGUACGAUGCGUCGCGGAGUAUGUUCCCCAUGUAUUGUAAGGAGUUUCGCGACGAGGAUGCCGCGAUGACCGACAUCAUCGCAAGCAAGGUGAAGGGAAUGCCGCGCUCGGGCUCGGUCCCCUUGCGAUUGAUUCGAGAAGUUGGGCAAAAUGUGGGCCGGAUCGGCGACAAGGUGACGGCGGCAUUCGGUGACGUCGCGCAAGAGCUCACGGGCAAAGAAGUGUUCAAUCCCAACUCCGCUCGCUCCAUCGUCACGCUCGCGUUGGAACGCAAGAGGUCGUCGGAAGCCCUGGCCCGCCGAAUCUGGAUGUCGUUCGUCAUCGAGGGGCGAGAAGCGCUGUAUUUCGAAGAUAUUGCCGAGGUGUUGGGUACCGGCAAGGAAGCGGAGGCGGAGGAAUGCUUCCAGAUUUUGGACCGGGACGGCAAUGGCGAUAUCAGUUUGGACGAGAUGAUCCUAACUGUUGGGGAGAUUGGCCGCGGAAGGAAGGCACUGAACCACAGCAUGCAUGAUGUUGACCAGGCGAUUCACGUUUUGGACAAUCUGUUGAUGACGAUUGCGUUCGGUAUCAGCGUUUUGGUCUUUGUCUCAUUCGUGACCAGCGGCUUUGGCACGGUGAUCGCUGCGGGUGCCACCUCUCUGCUAUCCCUGAGUUUUGUCUUCGCCACCUCCGCUCAAGAAGUCCUUGGUUCCUGUAUCUUUUUGUUUGUGAAACAUCCUUUCGACGUCGGCGAUCGGGUGGAAAUCGACAGCAAGCCAUACACAGUGGAACGUAUCUCAUUGCUUUUCUCGGUCUUUACCAGUGUGACCGAUCGUCGAACCACUCAGGUUCCGAACGUCGUGCUGAACACGCUUUGGAUUGAUAAUUUCACCCGUUCUAAUGCCAUGCAUGAAACGUUGACCAUUCCCAUCAAAUUUGGCACGAACUUCUCCGAUAUCGAACUGCUUCGGCAAGAAAUGGAGGUCUUUGUGCGCGACAAGGAGAACAGCCGUGACUUCCAGCCGGAUGUGAGCAUCGAUGUCGCUGGGGUGGGUGAUAUGGAUAAGCUGGAGCUCGCCGUCACCAUCUGCCAUAAAUCCAACUGGGCCAUUGAGUCGGUUCGCGCAGCUCGUCGCUCCAAGUUCAUGUGCGCAUUAGUUGCGGCUAUCCGCAAGAUUCCUAUCCGCGCCCCGGGUGCAGCGGAUGAGGAACCUGCAGCGGAGGACAACAACGAUGAUAAGCCCGAUGGCGGUGAUAACAACGGCCCUGGCCUCAACACCGACAAGAUGGCUGUGUCCGGACUCACCGCGACGGAUAGCCUCCACGAUUCGACCAUGCCAUACGGCGACUCGCGCUCGACCGGACUUGACCUUGGCCGGGAUUCUGGAUCCUUGCAGCGUCGUGGAGGCGGGGCCUCAGCCAGCUCUUACAGCCAAGGCACCUUCGUCGAUUCCAACCGCUCCACCGGGGAAGGCGAGAGACCCGACGCGGAAAGCUUACAAUCGCCCGUCGUCUCCCCAAGAAAGGAUCAGUUGAGCGUCCCCCAUGGCACCCUUAACCGCGAGCCAUCGACCGGCCGUCGCAAGGCCAACAGCACACAGAGCCUCCAGAGCAUCCAGAGCACCUAUCCCACUGCCACAGGCGGUGUUCCCAUCCUCGCUGCGCCCGUUCCGCCCCGACAUGCCACCACGGCUCCAGCCCCACCGCCCUCUGCACCACUGCCGCCACCACCGGCAGCGGACUUCCAGCCCUACCCGGGCCACUACUACGAGGACAAUCCGUAUGACUCCAGCCAGCGGUAUGAGCUACCCUCUAUGCCGCAGCCCUCGGAGCAGGAGGUCUACGGGGAAUACCCGUCGCCGCAAAUGAAUCAGUCGCCGACCGGCGAACAACACCCCUCCAACGAACGGAUGCCUGGUGCAUUCGUCUCGCGCACAUCGCAAUACGGAGCAAACAACAACCCUCGGUGA